CCAGAUUACACAUUUAAUUUUAGUAAAUUAAUUUCCGCAAUUUUUAUCGAUGAUUUCCAGGAAAGAAUACAUUUUAUAUCGACCAUGGCAAGAAAGAAAAUACGAAAACCACCGGAGAAAAGUCCAGAGUGCUGUUGCAGCAAUAGACAACAAGCCUCCUUUGAUAAGACAACACGUAAACGCGAAAUUAAAAAAGCAGCAAAGGGAAAAAGAGAGAAUAUUAAAAAUUGAGCGCGAAAAUUUUUUGUUGCUUCAAAGAUUAAAUUCUGUGACGAAAAAAAAUCGCGUCGACAACCAUUGGAAAACCCCGCAACCAGGGUUUUUAAAUCGAAUCGCGCUUUAUAAUAAUUAUUAUAAAUACGAUGAUGAUGACGAUUCUAACUUUUUUGAUUCGCCGACUUCUUCACACAUAAGAAUGUCGAAAUGUUGUGCUUGUACGCCGAAAAAAAUCAAAGAAAUUGAGAUUCCCGAAGACAGAAUCCCUUGGGAAUCAGAAAAAAAUCCCAUAGGACGUCGUAGAAGCAAGUCCGUUCCUGCCAAAAAAAUAAAUCUUCCAGAAAUAAAAGAAGAACCACAAAAGCGGCCUAAAACUACGUCUCACAAAUGUUUAAAAAUAAACAAUAAAAUCGGCGAUUUUAACGAUAAUCUGCAAAGUCUUGUAAUAACUCGGGGUUGUUUAAAACUUUGCGUUAAUUUUCCUUCGGAUACGACUGUAAAAUUUAAGCAAGGGAACUCUGAGAGAGUUUUACAUGGUGGUUGGUGCUGCUGUAAAGCUCUGACAGGUUUAAAAUGA